GAAGAAAGAGACGGAACUGAAGCUAGCUUGCAGGCUAGCUGAAUGUCCUACCUUGUCGCAGAUGUUUCUAAGGCCACGGGGAAGGGCGGAAUGUGGGGGGUCGAGUAUAUAAGACUAGGCAUGGGGUUGUUUGUAAGUAACGCGGUUAUUGCACCUGUCGGUUCGGUGUCAUUGGAGGCAGCGGUGACCGAGAACAGGCUGCUGUGUUUCGGAGUGAACAACCAAAGCUACAUCUGUGAUUCGGGCCACUGCUGUGGAGAGUCCCAGUGCUGCAGCUAUUACUAUGAAGUGUGGUGGUUUUGGUUGGUCUUGACACUCAUCAUCAUUCUGGGCUGCUGCUGCCUGUGUCACCACCGCAGAGCCAAACACCGACUGCAGCAGCAGCAACGGCAGCACGAGAUCAACCUUAUCGCUUACAGAGAAGCCCAUAACUACACCUCUCUACCCUUCUACUUCAGGUUUCUGCCUGGCUACCUCUUACCCGCCUACGAGGAAGUCGAGAACAGACCUCCGACACCCCCGCCUCCAUACAGUGCCUCUCAGCCAGGCCAGUCCACCAUCACUGUCCCCCUGUGCUCUGAACAACCAGAUGAGCUCUGCCCCCCACUGCAGUGCAGCCCUGUUGCCUCUGCAUCAGAAAACUGUUCCCCAGGGCCAUGCAUCGAGCAGCCCCACUCUCCCACCUCACACUGCCCAACCAGAAACACCCAUAAACCAUACCUCAGCCUAGAGGAGGAUGGGCAACUCCAGCAGGUAGCAUGUGCUACCUCACACAGCCUGGUCAAACAAAGCAGUGAGGAUCUGACUAAAGUUGGAGAGCAAGGCUUGGACUGUUCUCCUGACAUCAACGACAAAACUCCAGGGCGUCAUAGGCGCUUCACUGGGGACUCUGGGAUUGAGGUAUGUGUGUGCAGCCAGGGGCCUGGGGAUGGAGAGGAAGAAGAGAUGAAGGAGCUAGUAGGGCAUUUGGAAGGAGGGUUGCUUGAAGAGCAGGACUUCUGUGAUAGCUGCAAUCCCCGCAGUAGUAGCCUUCGUGGUUUAGGUGUCGAGGAGCAGGGUCUGGCUACCUCAGACAGGGAGCCUCCGCGACCCCCGGUCUGCCUUCAAUUGCACACCAUCAAUGAACAGGAGGGUCAGUUUCAUGGCAACAAUGAUCCUCAGAGUUGAGCACAACCAGUUCCAGCAGAGACUUGUUUUACAGUGCUGGUUCCCUUUACUUUUUCAAAGUACAUCAGUUUUUGUACUGUCAGCAAUGUCACUUUGGGUGUUCUUUUUUGUGAGUGUGAAAGAGACUGUGUGUAUUAGAAGGGUGUUAAUAUGCAAAUCCUUUACGUUUUUUAUGGAUUAAUAGGAUCAUCUUAUUAAGACAUGAAUGGGUCGGUUGCCUCAAAGAGAGGUCAGGAUCAAAGCCACGGGAAAUUCUGUUCACUGGUUUAUACUCUUAUUGUGUUUUCACACAGCUCUGAAUGUCAUGACUGUAGAUUUUGAGGCUUUUUGUUUGUUUUUGGAGGCAGAUUGCCUCCUGAGACAUUAGUACAUCCAAAAAGGAAAAUUGUCAUAAUUUGCUCACCCUCAUGUUGUUUUUCUUCUGUGAUAACACCAAGAUAAAAGUAAAUAUGUUAAUGAAUAUCCCAGUCUGUCUUUUGAUUUCAAUGACAGUCAUUAUUUAUAUAAGUCAGCAUAAAAGUAAUCGAUAAGUGAUCUAAUAGCUGUGGGUGAGAAACAGAUCAGAAACCAAUCUUUUUUUUACUCUUAAUUCUCCUCCCUGCUUAGUCAAUCUCCACUUAAGCUUUCGCAUUCUUCUUGUGUUUUCGAUGAUUCACAUUCUUCAUGCAUAUCAUCCCCUACUGGGAAGGGAGAACAAUUUCUAGCAAAAACUUAAAGCGACACUAUGUAACUUUUGGCCCUCUAGCGGUUAAAAAGUAAAAUGUGUCUUGCAGGAAAACAUUAUGGUAAUGGCUUAAGUUGUGGUUCGCUCUGCUCUGUGCAGAUGAAUGUGGUUUGAGGCCCCGAUAUACGCAGGUGUACAGGCCAUCUUAUCAGAGCGAAUGGACAAAUAAAUAACAAAAGAAAGGAAAAGACAGAUAUAUGAAAACAUCUAGGAUGUAAGUGCCAUAAAUUAUGCUGUUGUUUUGACAUUGGUAACAUUGAUGUUUUGAAAUAAAUUACGUUACAAAAGUUAGGCAACGUUCGUUAACAUUAGACAACGAUUGCUAAUGUGGUAAAGUCAAACGUAAAGUUUUUAGAACUGCAUUAUGAUAUUCUGUCCAAAUAGACCACGGUAGUAACUAAUUAAUAGAUUGUCAUCAUUACCAACCAGUGGUCAACGUGAUUUCAAGACUCAUAUGUCCUUGGCUUGCCUAGGACUAAAGGAUUUAUUUAUAUAAAUGAUUGCCUUUAUAAAGAAAAAUAAACAUACUUGAUGGCAAGUUAAAUGUUAUGCACUGCUUACAGUAAAAUUAUUUAAUUUCACUAUACACACACACAGUUGUAUGAUUACACAAUUAUUCAUAAACCAUAUCAAUAAAAUAUCUUGCCUGUUGAAUAAGAAAAAAAAACAUUGCUGGGUCUUUUUAAAUCCUUUCAGAUCUCGGAGUUGUCGCCACCUCUGAAAAGCCAAGCCGAUGUUGAUUCAAGUUUUAUUACGGACUCUCCCUUUUUGCUUGAAGACUCUGCUCUGUUUGGGGUUUCUUUUGUUUUUACAACCGGUGGUUCCCCAGAGGUUUGCCGUUUUGAAUGAUCCAUGGUAAAUUUUUCUUGCUCAUUGUGACACAAACAAACUUUCAGCUACUCUCACACCAUACACGCUACAGUAGCCGGAGCUUAUUGUCUCUGUGUACGGAUAUGACAUCAACACGCAAGGGCAAAUUACAUAUGCAAUUUCCCGCUAAAUCCGUCUCGACAGCUCUAAAAUGUAAAUUAUUAUUCUUAUAGGUUUAUCAAAGUGUAUUUGGGAAAAGACAUGGUUUGGAAGAUGGAUUUUUGUUGCACUCUCUCAUUAAUAACAUUUUGUUUUUGUUUUAUACAACAACAAAAUAAGGUCACAGUGUAGCUUUAAAUAUUGAUCUGUUUCUCACCCACACCUGUCAUAUCACUUGUGAAUAUAUAGAUUAAAACACUGGAGUCGUAUGGAUUACUUUUAUGAUGCCUUUAUGUGCUUUUUGGAUUGUCAAAAUAUUGGCACCCUAUUCACUUGCAUUGAUGGACUGUAGAGCAGAAAUAUUAUUCUAAAAAUCAUAGUUUGUGUUCUGCAGAAUAAAGAGAAUUUUUCAUUUUUGAAAAAUCCACUGUAGGCCCCUAACAGUCCACUGUCUUAUAUAGAAAAGCUGGACUGGGAUAUUCAUUACAAUAUCUACUUUUGUGUUGUGAAGAAGAAAAGUAUGCAGUGUACAUGACAUCAUUUUCAUUUUUGGGUGAACUGUUUCUUUAAGGUCUGAGUUAAUUAUCUGUGGUUGUUUUUGGUCUAACAUUUUUAUCAUUAAUGUAAUUUAAAAUACUUGCUCUCUCAAAGGGACAAGAUUUCACUGUGCAAACAGAUUCCAGGAAAAAAGGGUAAAGAGUGCCAUGACAGGGCAGUCUACUGACAAUUCAGUUCAUUAAUUGUCUUUUGCUGGUGAUGUUUAGUUUUUUUUCUUGUUUUUUACUUUUCCCCCAAAAUGUUUGUCUGGAAUAUCACUGCAUGAUGCUAUUCAGAGAAUUGAAUGCAAGUCACCUAAAAGUGCCCCCUACCAAGCAGUUAAACAUGAUAGGGUUGUCAUUCUCUUUGUUUUGUCCUGUUCUUGUAUUACAUGGUUUUGCCUUGAUCCAAAACUAAGCGAUAUUUUGCAUGAUUAUUUACAUUGAUCCACAAGCAGAUAUCCACCGUUGUUGUUAUACCACAUGCUUUAAAUUAGUGAAAUUUGAAGUUCAUUAUGCAACAACUCUUCAAAUGAAGGCCAAAUAUACCUUUUGUAUAUAGAAUUAACCCAUCUUGCAUAUUUACAGUAGGUGCCUUUGUUGAUAUUACUAGCUUUCAUAUGCCUUAAGUAUGUGUGUGGUAGGAUUACUGCAUAAAAUAAUCAAGGGCCAGUGUGUGGAAAUAACAGACCAAGUGCAUACUAAUGGGUGUGACAUUUUGGUCAAUGUUAAUUACUUGUUUGAAAGGAUCACUUGAUAAUCCUUCCAUCAAAACAUAUAAUUUAAAAAUAUGUUAGUAGUCUUUGCCUUAAUUCAAUUUCUGUAUUCACCCAUAGUUCCUUAAGUUAUUUUUGUAUCUUAACACUGUAAGGGAACUCUUGCGCCACUAACAGUAAGGUGACUUGUGUAUAGGCUUUAUUACAUAGAGUAAGCUUUUUAUGUAAGUUUUGUUGUAGCAGAUCAGGUAAGGUUACUGUUAUUGCUAUGUUAACAUGUUCUUCAGAGUAGCACUUAUAUAUCUGGUUAAUGAGAUACAGUGUGUUUUUUGUUUCAAUGGCAGUGAGACUGCGCUAAGCUGCUCCACUGCAUUCCUACACUAUGUUUGUGUGUCUCUAAGUAGGAUUGUUCUUCAAGCCACUGUUUAUUUGACCUUUGGUUCAUGUUAGUAGUUAUGCUUCCUACAAUAUCAGAGUCUAUUGGGCAUGGAUAGUUUGUCGGCCCUGUAGAUCACCAGAGCAGUGUGUUCCUAUGUGAACUGAGGGCUUAUUUCUUUAAAACUUGAUGCAGCAGGAACAUGAGGUUCAAAUAACUGGUUCUGGAGGCAGAUUCCAACAAAGGCUUGGUGCCUUCGCAAACAUUCACUGAGCAGUAUUGUCUGACUUGAGGGUUUGGAAUGAAUUGGACCAUUUAUUGCAUCAUGAAUGCGUCUAUCAAAAUACUUAACUGAUUUUGGUUUAGUCAUGGCUUAUUAAGUUUAAGCUUUAAAAGUUAUCUGUCACAACAUGGGUGCUCAUGAAGUUCUUUCUCUAGCUCUAGUUCUGAAAGUUUUCAUUGGUUCUUUGAUGUUUAAGACCAGCGGUAUUGAUUUAAAAGUAGUCUCGGUCACAAUGUUGGUUACCUUACUGUAAAUGAGAUUGUGAAAGUUUUGCCUGAAAAGUUGUCAUUGCACUGUUUUUACACUGAUGCAUUGAGAGUGCGUGCUUGAAGGUGACGAAGGCUUUGCAAGCCAAUUGCUUUUGAUUAUUGAUUUUAAGCCUGGUACAAUGUUUUAGUUUUGUAUCCGUAGUCACUUUCUUUUUAUAUAUAAAACUGUAUUUUAAGCAUUUUAUAAGACUCAACCAAAAUAAUGAGUAUCAAAGGAUGUUCCAUAUGAAUAAAAAAGCGUUUUAAAGCCAAAGAAUUUCCUCUGUGACUAGUUCAAUUACUCACCAAAAUGGCUGAAUGUCUUAUUUCAUUACAAUCAGAAAUUG